AUGUAUGCAGCACUUAACCUCUCAACUUCUGACGACUCCAACCUGUCAAGUGUUGACCCUCAGAGACUGCAGGAGCUGACUCACCGGUCCGUCAAAGUAAGCAUAAUAAUCGUUUUGGGCGUGAUGAUCACUUUGGGAAAUGUUGCAGUUCUCCUGGUUAUCACUUCUUCCGUGGCUGGUUGGUCAAGAAACUCUCGGUACUUUCUCCUCUCUCUCACUGCUGCAGACUCUGCAUUUGGACUGCUGGUCAUGCCCUUGAACCUUUGGGUGAGUCUGUUAAAGGACUACACUGAAGGGCCAGAUGCUCUUUGUCAUGUCGUGGCUUUUUGCAAUGCUACCGUUUACUCCACCUGCAUGUACACAUUGGCUACAAUAAGCCUGGAGAGGUACAUUGCAGUGUUUUACCCGCUCCAAUACUCAUCUCUGAUGACAAGAAAAAGGACGCUGCUCCUGAUUGCUUUUGCCUGGUGCUUCCCUCCCUUUUUACUGUCGCCGAUAUCAUUUCCAGAUGGCAUUAUCGAGGUUCAUUUUUCUACGGCAUCACUGGUCUGCAAUCCAUCCUACUCUACAAAUGUCGGAUACUCCCUAAGUUUGACCUGCUUUAUAUUUUUCCCCUGCUCCAUCAUCAUGACAUACGCAAACCUGAGAGUGUGGUGCGCUGCCAAGAGGCAGAGAUUGAAACUGCGCAAAUACGAUUGUGCGCGUCGUAACAGACACAAUGUGGCGUCCAGGGUGCUUGUGCCUGUGAUGGCAGCCUACUACACAUGUUGGACACCAUGCAUGGCAGCCAUGAUCUACAAUGCAGUCUCAGGUAGCAGCGUACCAGAGUGGAUUGAGUUUGUGGUGGUAUGGCUGCCAACUUCCAAUGGUUUCCUCAACUGCAUCUUCUACUUCUGGAUAAACCGAAGCUUCCGCAGGAAAUUCCACCUCAUCAUCCAGAGGCUGACUCUGGCCCUUUGCCCCAAACUGGCUGACACCCUUGGGUGCUGCAGCACUCCAGAGACCCAGUUUGUGUCAGGAAUUCUGGAUAAUAACAACACUGUCCAUGAGCGAUCUUCCAGUGUAUCCUCCACUUGCACCCUGUUAACCUUAGCUUAG